CACGAACCUAAUGACAGCGACAGGGCGCGUAUUUCAGUUGUGGAGAAAUAAAUAAGGUGGCGGAAUGUUGGCUGGGAGGCACCGGGCGGCUGUAGAGCUGCAGCAGUUCCUGAGCAGGAUUUAUUCAGAAGAAAGAAACGGGACUUCAAAAGGCCCCUUUUUAUAUGAGGAUGAAAUUCAAGUUCACGUGAUAAGUGAAGGCCAAUGUAAGUCAUUGGAUAGUUUCCGGAGUGGAAGUGGGAUGGUUUUUGUCAUUGAGAAAAAGCCUUUCAGAUUAGAGGAACUUGGUGAAUUGGAAGAAUCGCAAAUGAAUGGCAGUCGUUUUUCUGAUUUGUCUGUCCAAGAAAGUACACAACCGCUGCCGUUACCUGUAAUGAGAGCCAGGCAGUUACUUUCAAGCUAUACCUUGGCACACAACCCCAACAUGACUGAUCUGCGGAAUGGGAAAUCUGUUGAUGUUCUGCCUCCAUUAUGGGUACGAUGUGAUAGCUCAGAUGCAGAGGGGACUUGCUGGCUUGGAGCAGAGCCUAUGAAAACCAGCAGAAAUGAGAUCACAGGGAUGAGUUUCUUUAUGGUAACUUGUGGAGGGCCCACAGUGGAUAAAAUUGCUUUCCCCGGUCUUGAAGCUCUGAGAAAGGCCCACCGAGAACGGCAUCACUCAUCUGCUAUCCAGACAAAGGGGUUUGCACAGUAUGACCUUUUUGGUUCCAGCACAAUAGAGAACACGGUUAUAGAAUCACAGAGCACUGUAACUGUUGACUUGGUUUGGAAUGGAGUAGAUAACAUCCUGCAAAUUCCUCCAUUGACAUCAACUGCUACACUGAAUAUCAGAGUGGAAUCAGGGGAUCUGAGAAGCCCUGUAUAUACAGUUUAUAAAGAGUUGGAUUUUCUGCUUGUUUUGGCAGAAAGCUUAAAAACAGGGGUGACAGAAUGGCCAGAGCCAACUGAAACUAGGUCAGCCGUGGAGCUUGUACAGGAACUGUUGAAAGAACUAAAGAAUAAGCUGGAUGGGCUUAAUAGUUCAGUAGUUAAAAAAGAAAAUGAGAAAGUAAAAAGUGACAGUGCAGCGGUUGACAGUUCUAUUCAGUCCUUUGUGACUGAACGUGGCGAUCUGGACUUUGCAGAAAUGUUGUGGUGCAAGAUGAAAUCAAGUGUCUCAUCAUAUAAAGAUGUGGUUGAUUGCUUCUCACUUAUUAUUCAGUCUCUAAAGCAUGGGGAGGUGCAUCCUUGGAUCCAUCGUGGGAGUAACAGCACUCUCAGCAAACUUAUUCAGCAGUCCUAUCAUGGAAAUAUGCCGAGCAUUUCUCUUUCAGGUCUUGCACCCAUCAGGAUGCUGUUAGAAAUUGGACUUGAUAAGAUGAAAAAAGACUACAUCAACUGUUUUAUAGGUCAGGAGCUGGCAACUUUCAAUUACUUGGACUACUUUAUUACCAAUGACGUGGAUCUACAGGAGCAGGUUCACCGUGUGAAAAAGCUGCACCACAUGUUGGAAGUUGUGGUUAGCUGUACAGCUUUUCUCAGCCUAGGUCAUGACAACCUCUUUCCUCUCACACAGUGAGUUAAUUUCACAUUAGGUAUACAGUUUGAAAACUUGCCUGUGAUAUUUUGAUUUUAUAGAAUAUGGAGUAUGAACUAGAUGAGAGUUCUUCAAACCACGGGUCGGGACCCAUUACUGGGUCACAACACCAUGUUUACUUGGUCGCAACUUCUCUGUCUUAUAGAAGAGUGUAUGUGGUGUGUGUGUGUUAUAUGAGAGUGUGUGUGUUAUAUGAGAGUAUGUGUGUUAUAUGAGAGUAUGUGUGUUAUAUGAGAGUAUGUGUGUUA